CAGAGAGAAAGAGAGCAGCAGCAGCACGAAUCAGUGUGCAAACAAUAAAGCAGUUAAUUUCUGUAUGCGACUGAAUAAAUUAUAUAUCUUGUAUUUCAGUUGAGAAAGUUUUUCAAUCGUGAGUGGUGCUCGAACGGUUGCGAUACGAUAUUUUAACAAGUAAAUUUUCAUUCUAAAUUGGUUUCCACAUCUCAUGGGCGAAAACUACGAAGAAAAAACGACCAAAAGCUCAUCACUUGAAUAAUAAUAAUUUCUGUUUUUUCUUUGCUACCCAAAAGAAACUAAGCAAUUCCCGUUGUUAUUUUUUCGUGAACGAAAAGUUAAAAUAGAAAAUACUACCAAAAUCCAACAAAAGACUAUACACCAUUUGAAUAGAAAAUAUCGAGUAAAAAGAGAUUUACGUCCUGUUCAUUUUUUAACUUGUGAAGUUUCAGUCAAUCCAAUGUAAAUUGCUUCCAUUUGAUUUUUGAAAAUGAGAAAAAUUUGUUCAACCAUCAACAAAAAGUUAGAACAAACGAAAAAUUUGUUCUUUACAUCGUAUGAAGUAUAAGAAAACCGAAUUUUUAAACAAAGGGGAAAAAAGAAAAAAAGAGAGAUAAUCCCCCAUUGAAAAACAUUUAAACGGAAAAUCUGGAACUUGAGUGUGUACGAUUUGAAAAGCUUGAAGCAAACAAAAGUUCAGCAUUUUACCAUUCUUCUCUCCAUUGGAAACCUCAAGAAAAAUAAAGGCAGCAGCCAAAGAGAAGAAAAGCUGAAAAGAAGGCGAAAAUCCUUAUAUCGUAUAUAUAUACGGAAUAGCAUAGCACAGCAUAGCAGAACACAGCACCAAGCAGAGAGCACACAGAUAGAAAUAUAUGCCAUUGGAUAAGCGAAGUCAAACUGCCGCAAUGUGAAGGGGAUGAUAGAGAGACAAUCUAACACAGAUACACUCAGCACGCACACACCAACUCUCACACAAUUUCUGCACACAUUCGAUGAUUUCCUUCACAUAUACGAAAAGAGUCUUUGUGAGGAUUUACUGUUGUCGACGUCGCCGCUGCCACCACCGCCAUCGUCUCGUAUAUUAAUUACAGGGUGAUAAUUAAAAACAGUCAAGCGAAUUGUUAUCAACUUUGAAUAUCGUAUCUCCAACAUGAUGGAGAUACUUUGCGGAUCCUUUGGCAUUGUGAGGUCAGCGAAUGUAAGAAAUGUAUUCUUUUUUCUUGUUGGUAUCUGUGGCGUUUUUCAAUUAGUGCAUGGUCGACACCGAGACGUUGAAAAUGUACCGUACGAAACUGCAUUGAAAUAUGACUCACAGUUAGCUUCAGCGGAAAAAUCUGCCGACGAUGAUGCCUUUUUCACUCCAUAUUUGGGCCAUGGUGAAGCAGUUAGAGUAGUUGAUCCUGAACUAGGUACUUUAGAACGUCAACACUUGAAAGAUGUUCAAUCAGCUACUUCGUCGAAACGUAAGAGUAUUAGCCGACGAGAAUCGAAUAACGACCCUGAUGAAAAUGAUCCGUUGGUAAUCGCGAUUGACAAGGGGAAGAUUCGCGGUAAAACUAUAACAGCAGCGACUGGCAAAAAGGUUGAUGUGUUCCUCGGCAUUCCAUAUGCACAACCGCCCAUUGGACCACUACGAUAUCGUCAUCCUCGUCCGAUCGACAAAUGGAGUGGCACUUUGAAUACAACCGAGCGGCCUAAUUCAUGUGUUCAAAUCAUUGAUACGGUAUUUGGCGAUUUUCCCGGUGCAGAUAUGUGGAACCCGAACACUCAAUUAUCCGAAGAUUGUCUAUAUGUAAACGUGUUUGUGCCACACCCACGACCGAAAAACUCCCCAGUUAUGUUGUGGAUUUAUGGUGGUGGUUUCUUCCAAGGCACCAGCACAUUGGAUGUUUACGACUAUAAAGCUCUAUCCACAGAAGAGAAUAUAAUCGUUGUUUCGAUUCAGUAUCGUGUAGCGAGCUUAGGAUUCCUAUAUCUUGGCACACCUGAUGCACCUGGAAACGCUGGAUUAUUCGAUCAAAAUAUGGCAUUGCGCUGGGUUCGAGAUAAUAUCCGACAUUUUGGUGGAGAUCCAAAUCGCAUCACUUUAUUCGGUGAAAGCGCUGGAGCUGUUUCUGUUUCAUUGCAUUUGCUAUCGGCUCUAUCGAGAGACCUCUUUCAACGUGCCAUCAUGCAAAGUGGAGCUGCGACUGCUCCAUGGGCCAUCGUUAAGCGAGAAGAAGCAAUUUUAAGAGCACUACGGCUUGCUGAAGCUGUAAACUGUCCACACGAUGAAAAGAAUUUGGCUGACGUGGCGAAAUGCUUACGAGAAAAAGAUCCAAAAACAUUGGUAUACAAUGAAUGGGGCUCUUUAGGUAUUUGUGAAUUUCCAUUUGCUCCAAUUGUCGAUGGAGCAUUUUUGGAUGAGACACCGCAAAAGAGUCUUGCUCACGGUCGAUUCAAGAAAUCUGAAAUACUAAUGGGAAGUAACACCGAUGAAGGAAACUACUUCAUUAUCUAUUACUUGACGGAACUGUUCAAAAAAGAGGAGGGCAUUACGGUUUCACGUAAAGAAUAUUUGCAGGCUGUGAAAGAAUUGAAUCCAUAUGUAAAUAAUGCAGGACGUCAAGCGAUUAUUUUCGAAUAUACUAAUUGGACAGAUCCGAAUAACGUCGACAGUAACAGAGAUGCAUUAGAUAAAAUGGUCGGUGACAAACACUUCACGUGCAACGUCAACGAAUUCGCUCACAGAUACGCCAAGGAGAAUUUAAGCGUUUACAUGUAUCUGUACAAUCACCGAAGUAAAAGCAAUCCAUGGCCUAAAUGGACAGGUGUAAUGCAUGCCGAUGAAAUUAAUUAUGUCUUCGGUGAGGCAUUAAAUCCUUCGCUUGAUUACAUGCCGGAAGAGAGGCAAUUUAGCAAGCGAAUUAUGCGAUAUUGGUCGAAUUUCGCCAGAUUUGGUAAUCCGAACGGUCAAUCAACUGAAAAUGAAUGGCCCAAACACACGGCGAACGGUAGAGAAUACUUUGAGCUCAACAUGAAUCGGACUCACAUCGGCCGAGGACCGCGACUGCGGCAGUGUGCUUUCUGGAAAGACUAUUUACCACAACUUUUGACAUCAACAGCCCUUCCAGCGGCAGUAAAUAGUAGUCAAUGUACUAGUGAUGGUCGCACCAUAACCAGUAAUAGCUACGUAAUUUCGACUAUAGCUAUAAUUUUCUUGAUUUUCCAUAGUAUCAAAAAUAUAAGAGCCAUAUUAUGUUGGUCAUCGGCGCUAGUGAGUCUCUAAAGAAAACCGUUGCGAUGACAGAAAACGAAAAAGAGUGAGAGAAAUUGUUGCGAGAAAACGUUUCAAUACUCAAAAUUAGAAAUCAAUCGCAUACACAAAAAGACAAGCAGUAUUGAUUUACCUACUAGAUCAACAACCAAUAUAAACCUUUCACUUACUGGCAAUUGUUUUGCGUCUAAUUAACGACGAUUUUUCCAAAACCAUUGAUUAGAAGAAACACUAAAUCGCUUCAUAUUGAAAAUCAACAUUACAAAUAGCGUGAGAAAAGGAACACAUAAAAUACUGAAAACAAACACAAAUCCUUUCACAAUUCAUUCAAUCAUACUCACCAAGAAAUGAAAUUGACGCUACUCUUCAUCACCUUCAUGCAGUUGUUUUCCAUUUGAAUGCAUUUUAUUGGUCCAAAAGCAUAACACUAAGUAAUAUUUAGAAAACAAAAUCAACUUUAGAUUAGGACAAGUCCAAAUGGAAGUAAUGUAGACCAAUGCUGUAGAUCACCUAAGUGCAAAUUUCCCAUUCAUAAAACACUUAUCAUUUGCUUGAUACAAACGAACAACAAACAUACAAAAAUACUGAUAAAAACUAAUAUUAGUCUAAAUUCAAAUUCGAUCCGAAAGAAAAAGAAAGAAUAAGAACAGAAAGAUGUAUACCCAUUUCUCUCACGUACAUAAAAGUGAAUACAAUUCUCAGCCCACAAACGACAACAGAAACACAGAAACUCUAAUCCCAAUCCAAUGAUAGCGUGCAUUUAUAUUCACAACGACCGAAACAAACAUACUGGAAUUGUUUCAUAAAUCGACAUUACGUUAGCUGUCACUGUAUUUAUCCGCUGCACACAAUCCACACCGGACAAAUUGUCGGUUUGACACCUUUUUUAUUAUUCCCGAAGAAUGUUGGAUCCUUUCUUCAAUAUUAAAUAGCUAAAUUUUAGCAAUACAUUUUUCAGCGACAUAAAAUUGAUGAAAGAAAACUAAAGGAAAAUGAACAAAAAAGAGAAUGAAUGUUCGGAGAUUGUUUCGAAUUGUUCAUUCAUGGAGUAUUUUAGUAAUGUGCACAUCAUUAUUAUUUUAUUUCAAUUCGAUACAUUUCCGGUAAGUUAGUAUUAUAAGUGAAAAUUAAAAUGUGUUUACCCGUUCAUCAGGAAUUUGUGCAAAAUAGGUGGAACAAAAGAAAUCAGUUUUGAUUGACAACAACAACAAAAAAGUUAUAAUUUCCAAUGCACCUUUGAACGAUAAUAUAUUUGCCCUGAAUCAGAAGAUGUGUAAGGGCAACAAAAUGUUGAAAUCCCAUUGUAUCUGUGACUCCCCAUAGUAUUGAAAAUUGUAUUCUUUUGUUUGUUUUGUAAUAAUCGAUACAAGUGAGAUUGUAAAAAUUAUUGUAUUUAUUUAACAUGAAAUUAUUUUGUAGAAAGUUGACGUUUUCAAAGUUAAACUAUCUUAUUGAAAAAUGAUUGAAUUUUAUGCUAUUAUUAACGAAAAAAGCGAUCCCUGAUCAAACUGUCCUGCUUUACACUAAAUUGUUUCAUUGGUUUGGAUUCAAUCGAUAUAUCAGCAGUUAUUUAAUGUAAUUUGCAAUUUCCGAAAUGUGGCUUCCAUGUUUCCAUCGUUUAGAAUGAUAUAUUCGCAACGCUUUUCUACUUUGGCGGCUGAUGUAUUUUCCAAAACGAUAGUAUACUAGCAUCGAAGAAAUCCCUGCAAAUGUAUUGUUCGUCCAGAGAAAAAAAUAAGCCGACACUGCACAAACAAUGCAAAAAUAUCGGUUAUCUUUAUACUUAAUUAUUUUAAAUGGGAAAAUAUAAGUAAUAUCCGAUGAGAGGAUAAAAAGUCAAAACGUUGCACAUAAGCUAUAUACACACACAAACUAUUAUUGAAUAGAAAUCACACAUACAUAAAUACUACACGACACGGUAGACUUGAUGGUCGGCGAAAGCGUACGUUCUUUUAAAACAAACGGAUUGUUGAAAUUGGAAAACAAGCGAUAGCCAUUUCAACCCUGUGAUGUAUUAGAAGCCAUGCUCGCUUCCGGCUUUCGGCACCUUGAUAUUGUCUUUCUUAAAAUGGAAAAAUACUAGCAUUAUUAUACAUCAUGUGUAAAAAAUUAAAUUUAUUGAAAGAACUAAAAUUAUAUAUAGAAAACAAGAAAAUAUUUUUAUCGACUGAAGAAUGCGACUCAAAAUGUUCAUAAAUUAAACAUAUCAUUUAAGCUUAGUAGAAACAAUAUUGUAUGACCACUCUACGAAGUAUGGUAAUUCACAAAAAACUUUUGAAACAAUUAUAUAACAAAAAAUGGAAUAUUAAAAAAAUGCAUACCAAAAAUCUUUUUUUAAGAAAAAAAAACUACAAAACUAAAAAGAGCAACAAAAAAACAACAAAAGAUGUGACUAACGUAUAGAAUUGAACCCGUAGCCGCCUAAGUGCAUACACACUUAUUGCUAGUUUUCUAUUGUGAAACGAUUUCAAAUCCCCUCAUUCUAUUGACUGUAGGCGCAUUAAGACUUUCGUUUGUUUUAUUUUCCACUCGAAAAAAAAUCCCCAAUAAAAUCAAGACAAAUUAUCGAAAAAGUGUCAUUUUAUUUGGUCUGCCGGUAGAAACCACUUCGUAAAUAAAGCAACUAAUCACUUUAUGUUAAUGUUCCGUAUUAUAUUGGAAAAUUGAAGUUUGAAACUAGAAUAUAUCAUUCAAUUUUUUGUUAGUCGAUCAUUAGCUGGUUGACAAUUGGAAAGCAAUUUCUCGCUGACCCCUACAGUUCAUAACAUCUCUUUUAUGAUCAAAUUUACUGAAUUUCAUGAAACAUACGAAAAUACCGAAAUAAAACGCAGUUUAUACAAUGACGUUUUCUUCAUUCAAACGACUUAUUUCAUAUUUAACACAAAUAAUAAUCGAUUCGAGUCAACGCACGUGAUUUUAAAGCGAAUAGAACGCAUCUUUCGCUCCUAAUUUUGGGAAUGUCAAGCUACAAAACCAAAAAUCUAUCGAAAGUUGCCGUAGAUGGUUGUUUUUUCCUGUUCGCCGAAGUCGAAAUAAUUUGAAAACAGACGACAAUUGAGGUAAUCUGUGAUUACGAUCUAGUAAUAAAAACCAAGCAGACAUUCAAGAAAUCAAUGCCUAUGUCAACUGAGCUAUUCGUUCUUCCGGCGCUACGAAUGUAAAUCAGGGCACAUUAAGAAACCGUUUUUGUAUUGAUGAUAGAAGAAAAACAAAACUCUACAAUUUAAUUAAUUAAGCAUAUUUUAGAGUCUACGAGGUUGUGGCUGUUGUUUAAUGGAAUGAUAUAAGCUGAAAUAUUGGAGGCGGUAAAAGCUUUUUGCACUCUUAAGGCCGAUCGUCACCUCGACUGGGAAUGAUAAAUUUGAAAUUACACAUUUUGUAAUUUUUAAUUUUAUCUAUGUCCGUGAAAGUGAAAGUGAAAGUUGGUCUUGAACAAACAAAGUUGAAUCAAUUGAUUGAAUUAAACUGGAUCUCGCUUUUUCUAUCACCUCAAAACUUGGACGCGCAUACUCAAAAACAUUGGGCAAGUUGUAAAAGGCUUUGGCUCACAGGACGAUCAAUCAGUUCCCCCAUAUCCACACAACAAAUUUGAAUGAAAAACUUCUAUUCUGAUUUCUCAGUUAAUUUGUUCUACUUGCGUGCUAUCAGUGCAUUUUUCGAUUGUUGCUGAUAAUUGAAAGAAAGAGAUUCCAGAAAUAUAUAUACAUGUAGAUAUAGAUGAGCGAGUGUUUAUCGAAUUUCCUGCUAUCAAAACUGACAAAAUAAGAUUUUGUCAUUAGAUUUAAGACAUCCGCUGAAUGGAUGGACCACUAUCAAAAUCAAUGUCAUAGAAAAACACAUUACAAUAAAUCGGCAUCAAAGGCCACUCACCAAUUUAAUGUCAAAACUACAAAACUAUUUAUGAUUACACAAAACAAUAGACUCCAAUACAGCGGUGCAACAUACAAUUGGGGUGUUUUCCAUAUCUUCAAGGCAAAAGAAGGUAUUCAAUUGAUUAGAUUCAUAUAGCAUAAUGAUUGAUAUUCAGAGUUCUCGAAGAAGGAAAACUGCUUUAAAAUCGAUUGUUGAAUGCGAACGGCUAUGCAGUGCAAUAAAUGAAUAUUUACCAGAGCGUGUUGUGAGCUGAUGUCAGCAGCACUAACUAACGUCAGUUGCAUUGUUCUAACGCAUUUGCAGUAUAAGAACGAUGGUGAGUAAACUUACCAUUGGUGAGAUUGAAUAUACCAAUGGUAAGUUUACUCACCCUUUCAUUUUUAUACUGCAAAUACGUUAACACACGCAACGCAUACUCGUCAGCAGCUGAUAUCAGCAGCUGACGUUAGUUAGUGCUGCUGACAUCAGCUCAUAAUACUCCCUGAUAUUUUGUCAAUCUAGAUAUCCAUAGAUGUAGGUGUUAUACCGUAUAUCAUACCGUUAAUUAGUUAUGAUUUUCAGGUGGCUAUCUCUGUGUUGACGAUUCGUCGAUUUCCGAGUUUGAGUACAUUGUAUGAGCCAGGAGCUUCCAUGCAAUGUCUCAUUUGUACCAGAUACCCUCUCUUGCUACAUUGAAAGCCCAUUGGACAUGAGAAAAUGUGUCUCCUCCUCAACGAUUGCUGCUUAUUAUUGCCAGUUUUACGGUAGCAAAUCACUCCCUCUUCUGCUGUUUCGAGCAUCACUCGUCGCUCUUUCACUUUCUCUUCUUUGUCACGAUUUUCAGUGCAAUGUAACUGCAAUUUUGAAGACCAGGCACCUGGAUCUAGCUCUUGCCAACACCACUCACACUAUAUGAAACGAUGUCUCAAAGUACUCUAGGGAAUGAUGUGAAACCCUACACACGUGCGUACACUUGCGAUGUUUUCUUGUCACUGUAACCCAUCGUAUGUCAUUGCCGGGCUUUUUUUAAAUUUCUUGCCAAUUUACGAUUUAUUCGGAGAAUCGUGCGAGAUUUCCACAGAUCCGAUGCGGAUGCAACCAAAUGACAUAGAAUUUGGCGCUCGUUUAAUUGAUAAUACCCAUUGUUUUCAUUUGAGGAUAUAAAAUACACAAUACUACAUAUUAAGGACAUACUCAUUGACUAUGCAAACUCCCUUGUAAUGCGUUAGUGGUUUUAUUUGUCGAAGUAAGAGUCGGUUUACUGCUAGAGCUAUCGGUCUAGUUUUUCACCAAUGUUUAGAGCGGCGGCAGCAGUACCAGAGAGGGUAUUCAUGAUUUCACAUUUUUUCUAAAAUCUUCAUAAAAUUCCAUUUCCUAUUCAAUAUAUCGGUGAUUACACACAAUAAGAAAUUAUUGAAGGUCUUCUUCUUUGAAUUAAAGAUAAAACUUUCAAGUUUAGAUAGUAUUUCAUUCGAUAUAGUCAGCUGUCGGCAACACAAAGUAAACUUAUAAAAUCCAUCUCAAUUCACGCUCUUCAAGGCAUAUACCGAUUCUUUUUCUUUCAAUUAUACCGAAAAAAUGAGUGCUCGUUUCAAAAUAAUUUUCAUAUGAAGUAAUUUCUUUGUAAAAUGCAAUUCAAUUUGAAUAUUAUUAUCGAAAAAUCAUCUUAAUUCAACUUAUUUUGCUUGAUUUUCUUGUUGAACCGUUCCAUUUAAACAAAACAGUUAUCGAAUGAAUUAUGAUUAAAAUCAACGACUAUUGUAAAACGACGAAAAAUUUCAAUUUUGGAGUAGAAAACAAAUUAAAAAAAAAACUAUUGAUAAAUAACGACCUCAAAUCGGAUAGUUAUUCCACUAUGUGGAAUCAUUUCUUCCUUUAAAUUUUUGAAUGAUCUUUUUGUAGAACCCGUUUAAUCUUCUCAAUCACUCUAUAGGGAUUCCACUCACUCUCAAACGCUCAUUAUGCAAAAAUGAACACUUCCAUUUGAUUUUAUCGUUACAAAAAUGGUUUAACUUCGAAUCAAUACUCUCAGAAAAAUUACCGGACCAAAUGGUCCGAUUUAUCGGAACUCGGUUGGAUUUAUCGGCAUUUCUAGUGCAAUGUUAUUCCGAUAAGUCGGACAGAUUGUUCCGAAUCGGAAUAAAAGUUCCGACAAUUUGUUCCAAGAGUGGUUUUUCUCCUGGCAACGAGUUUUUAAUAAAAUAUACAUACAUACAAACAUAUACACACACAUACAACAACAACAUGCUUUAAAACUCUUCUAUCUCGUCAACGAAUGCGAUGUAAACUCCCAAACACUCAUCUACAUUUAAUUUACUUCUCACGAUUCAUUGUCUUCCUCAUUUUGUGUGGAAACAGCAAAUAAAUUAUAGCUAAUGACACUAAAUAAAAAUUUAAAAAUAUUGAAAUUAAAAGAAAAAUGAAAUGGAAAAUUGAACAUAUGAAUGAAAUAUACAAAUUAUGCCGAAAUGAAAUUUAUUUAUUAAAUGUUAGAAAAGGUACUUAGAUAAGCCUGAUUAAUGAGUGUUUCAUGUCGCUAUACGUGAUCCCAGUCUUCGCUGCCUUAAUUGUAAUAUACCCAACAUGAGAAAAAAAAUACAAACAAAAAAUGUUUAAAAAAACAAUAUAAAGCAACAACAAAAAACUACACGACAAAAAAUAAAACUAUUAUGUAAAUAAGUAUUUUGCACUCAGUCAGUCAAUUUUCAGUUUAUUUUUUUUUUUUUUUUCAUUUUUUGCAUAAUUUGUCAAUCGAUCGUUUUAAUUUUUAAUUUUUAAUUUUUAGACAUUGUGCAAAUUAUACAUUCAUAAAAAGAUGGCGUGUACCAUAAAAGACGUUUCAUUUGGAAUAUUUGAAGUGAUCUGAAAAAUUUUAAUACAUUCAAUCAAUCACAGUUAAAAUGCCUCAAAUCAUUUCUUUUUCAGUAAGCAACAUAUUUGUUCCAAUAAAAUGGCAACCAAAUACAAUAUUAUUGGUCAAUUGAUUGAUUCAUCGAACUAAAAUAUGAUUAGAAGUUGUUAUGAGAAAACAAAACGGUAGCACUCAGUCUUUUUAUGAAAUUUGCUAAAUGCAUUUAUAAGAAUGUUUCUAUCAAUUUUUUUUACAUGUUUCUUGAAAUUUUGAAGCAGAACAAAUUAAAGUAUUUUAAAAAUUGUGCGAAGAUUCUGUUUUGAAAUGAGAUUCAAUUUGCCACUAAUUAAAGAGUAAAAUACAAUUCAAGAAAAUGUAAUAGUUUAGCUCAAUAUCCUACAAUAAAAAUAUAGCAAAAACUAAACAUGA